AUGUUUCGUAGACUCUUUCAGUCAAGCCGAAUCCUUAGGCCAGUGAGCCGGACUGGUUUGGUAUCCCUGUCGGCCCGAACUCUGUCCAUUGGAAGACCUGCAUUGCGACACACAGUGCAGAGAACUCAACUUGGCAUAUUCCACUCAGCUCCCAAGAGAAUGGCGAGUACCUCGGCGCUCAAGCAAGCGUUGGCUCCAACUCUUUUGGAGAAUGUGCACAAGCUGUGGUUCGAACAUCUCGGUGAUGAAGAGUCCCUGGUUCUGCCCAAGGGAAGUGAAAUGGGCAAGUGGUUCGCCAAGAAUGAAGAGUUUGACCAGGCCUGUGUGACGCAGUUCCGACCUGCCUUGGAAACCAUCAUUAAUUCGGAAGCCUCGGCUUCGGAUAUCCUGUCUGCAGUGAGCCCUUCCUCGCCCAUGGACUGGCUUAGUGUGAUUAUCCUGCUGGAUCAAAUCUCCCGUAAUUGCUAUCGCGGUGACGAGUCCAAGGUGGUAUUUGGACGGUUUGAUCCAUUGGCGGAAGAAAUUGCCUUGCAGGCUUUCCAACAAGGGAUCCCCACUCAACCCUCCACCAAGCAUCGAAUGGCCUAUCGCAUCUGGUUCCACAUGCCUCUCAUGCACUCAGAAAGUCUGGCUGUGCACGAACAAGCUGUCGAAGUGCAAGAAAGCAUCGCCAGGGAUAUGAACGAGCUGCUGGCCAAGGACCCAUCACGUUUGACAGACGAAGAAAGCAAAUGCCACAGUGCUUUGCUGAAACAGCGAGAUGUCGUUCAAUCAUUUCUCACGCAAAACCUCGACUUCGAAAAACGACACAAGGUGAUCAUCGAGCGGUUCGGGCGUUACCCUCACCGCAAUCAGGCGCUGGGACGGAAGCCUACGCUGGAAGAGAUUGAAUAUCUGACAAACGGUGGCGAGACAUUCGGUUAG